CACAACCACAACUCAGCCGUAUGCCCAAAUCCCGCUGUUCAGCGCAUGCAGCUAGCUUCUCUUGAUUCAAUUGCCGCUCUGGACCUCCGCAAACCCCACUAUUCCAAGGUUUUAACAUCAAGCCUUCCCGAAGAGGUCUUUUGGUCGACAGGUUUUUCACUUGGGCCGACUCCGAUUCAUUGCGACGUUUGCGCAUAUCAAACCAUCUGCAAGAAUAGAUCCUCGAUGCUCUACUGAAGGACAAAACGUCACAGCACGCACGCCAAGAUGAGUUCGCCAGCGCAGGGGGGGCCUUCAGUGCCCAAGGAGAAGGAAAAGACGGGGAUUGGGAAGGUCUUGUCGAGGAUGAAGACGGUAUUGAAGAAGGCCGAUCCCUCUCGCCGGAUGUCAAGGGCCGGCCCGUCUAGCGUUGCCGUGACGCCAGCUAUUGCCACGAGUGAACCCGAGCCACCUGCAGAACCCAAAGCGCCCGCAACAGCCGCCGUGGAAGCUACCAAAGUGCCAAGGUCUCAGAUUUUUGCAGAGCGAGCGAAGAAGCUUGGCGAAGUCUAUGGCUUGGAGCUCAAGCCCAGCGAGUGGCACUCAACGGAAGGCCACGCCCUGCGCGUUGAGAAACCUAUCAAGAUGCGUGUACACAAGAUGUGCCAUCUGUGCAACACCUCAUUCGGCCUUGCGAGGGAAUGCCCAAAAUGCCAGCACGUACGCUGCAAGCAGUGCCCGCGGGUGCCUCCGAAACGCACCGAGGCCGAGAGGGAGGAGAGCCGUAAGAAGCGAGCGGCCAUCAUCAAGGAACGGGCGGAGAAGGCACCAAUUAUCCCCGACUGGGACCCAACCCCGAAGAAGGUCGUCUUGAAGAGGCCGGCAAAGACCGGGGGCCAGGAAUUAAUCCACAGGAAGCCGCGGCAGCGAAUAAGGCGAACGUGUUGUGAAUGCCAAAAACUCUUCGUCGGUGGAAACAAGACUUGCGAAGGCUGCCAGCACACCCGCUGUACGGACUGUCCUCGGGAUCCGGCCAAGAAAGACAAGUACCCAUAUGGCUAUCCAGGGGAUGCCCUAGGAACGAGGGUCGGCCACUAUACAUGCUCGGAAUGCAAACACAAUUUCUCCUCGCCGCCGUCCGACGAAACAGCUUGCCCCAACUGCGCUCACCCGAAAUGCGAGCGGCUAACUCCAAGGAAGGUGGAUCCAGAACCCGACCCUGAGGUGCUAAAGAGCAUCCAGGUGAGGCUUGAGAGUAUGAAACUCAAGUGACAUUGGCUACGCACACACGCAUCUGUCAUGGUUUUUUUGACUCGCAUUCGCCCAUGAAAUUUGGGCUGGGCGCCGGUUCGUCGGUCUGAAAGAAAAGUAAAAUGAAGAAUCGGGAUGUUCGUUGGAGCUUUUACUUUCGGCUUGGAUAUCUAUUGUUUCCCUGGAUGCCUUCAUUCAUUUUGUCUCAUCAAGCAUGAGCGUCAUUACCCACGAGCAUUUUUUCCGUUCAGCAUUCACCGAGCGAGGCCGCCGCGGUUGACUGCAUGUUACCAAAUCUAACGUCUCUUCCCUAUCAUGGGAGUAUCAUGAACGACAUAUGGAAGUCAUUUCCCCUCUCACCCUCCAGCAUCGGGACCUAAUUCCAAGCCAAAACACGCGACCACGACAUUGCAUCUAGACAGCGAUGCUUGCAUCUGCCCAUUCGUCUCUGGUUGAA